UUACUUAAGCGCAUCUUAGUAUGCAGUUGAUAUUUAGUCGCUUACUAUCAGUGAGCCAAAAUGGAGUUUUUGCUCCUGCUCGUUUUGGUUGGUGUCGUCUUUUUACUUCUGCUGCUGCUCGCGAAGCGACAGCACACCUAUUGGGCGCGAAAUGGGGUGACGCAGCUCAACCCCGAGCUCUUCUAUGGAGAUUUACGGGACAUGCUUAGCGGACAAGUGCCGAUAGGAAGCGCCUUUGUCAACUUCUACAACACCUUUAAACAGAAAAAUCUGCGCUUUGGCGGCAUCUACUGGGCGUUCACGCCCAUGUUCGUUCCUGUAGACGUCCAGUUGAUCAAAGCCAUUCUGGUUAAGGACUUUGCCUAUUUCCAGGACCGAGGCACCUACCAUCAUGAGAACGACGUUCUUUCGCAAAACCUCUUCCGCAUAGGCGGCGAGCCGUGGCGCACUUUGCGCCAGAAGUUGAGCCCCACGUUCACAUCCAGCCGCAUGAGGAUGAUGUUCGAAACCAUGCAGCAGAAGAUCCAGCAGCUGGAACCGAUUCUGGAUCGGUGCAUGCAGGAGGGACGAAUCAAUGUGACCGAUGUGAGCGCUUGUUUGACCACCGACGUCAUCGGGUCUUGUGCUUUCGGAAUUGAGUGCAACGCCCUCCAAGAUCCAGAUUGCCAGCUCAGGCAGCAGGGCCGGAGAAUCAGCAUCCCCAUGCCGUUGAAACAAUGGGUGGAGAACACGAUUCCCAGGAAGCUUUUGGGGUACACCGGCUUCAAAGCAUUCCCAGGCCAAGAGGGUUUUUUUAGGAAGUUGGUGCUGGAUACGAUGGCCUACAGGGAGAAAAACAGCGUUUACAGGAAGGACUUCAUGCAUCUGCUGCUUCAGCUGCGCAACAAAGGGGUGUUGACCGACGACGGAAACUUUUCGAGGGAACAGUCCCAUAAGGGCAUUCUAACCGACGACGAAAUCAUUGCCCAGUGCUUCAUUUUCUUCACGGCUGGUUUCGACACGUCCUCCUCUACUAUGGCCUUUGCCAUGCGCGAGCUGGCUCUUCAGCCUGAUCUUCAGGCCAGAGUCCGAGAAGAGGUCCUGCAGGUGAGUGCGGAAGCGCAAUGGGAAUUGGAAAAAGCUGAUCAACUUUCCUCGGUAAUGCGGUCAAUCAGUGGUCGAAGGGCUUUGCCCAGAUGCUUGAAGUCGUGGGUUUCAGAGACUCUCCGGAAGUACCCAGUUUUGCCCAAUAUUCCCCGGAUUUGCACCAAAGAUUACAAAAUACCCGACUCCAAUGUGGUGCUGAGGAAAGGUACGCAGAUUCAGCUGCCCGUCUGGGGCCUGCACAUGGACCCCGAUUACUACCCCGACCCCCAUAAGUUCGAUCCAGAGCGGUUCAGCGAAGCGGCGAAAGCCACCAGGCCGGAAUUCGCCUAUUUCCCCUUUGGGGAAGGCCCCCGAAUAUGCAUAGGGGCGCGAUUCGCUCAAUUGGAAGCCAAGCUGGGGUUGGCCGCAUUGCUGAGAAGGGGCAAAUUCUCCGUUUUGCCCCACGCGCCCACCACACUGACUUUCAAGCCCAGCAUGGUUUUGCUGCAUGCUACUGAGGAUAUUCAGCUGAAAGUGGAGCAAGCCUGACCAAAGAGAUUUUUCUAAUAUGGUUUUGUCGAGAAUAAAUUCUACCUAAGAUUUU